AUGAUUGCACAGUGCUUAUCCUUGAAGAAGGAGGAGAAAGCAGGAAACACGGGAGAGAUACACCAUUGUACACUUACGAUGCUCCUUGUUUUUAAACAUAAUCAUCUGCCACUUUCUGUUUCUCAGAGCAGGGAUAUUUUGGAUGUGAUGGAGCCGGGCUGCAAGCGCCGGAAGACAGCAGAGCCCGAGGACAUCUCUACGUGGGACCUGCUGCCGGUUCUUUCUGAGAGAGAAUCCCAGGGAGUCACCUUAAUGCCAGUCUACGCUGCUCCCAUCCUGAACAAGAAGGAGGCCUGCCGGCUGGUCAAGGAGAUUUCUGCUGUUUAUCCCUUGGGGGACUUCCCCCAUUUGAAGCGUGUCCGUGCCUGCCUCUCUAGGGAGAGCCCUCAUCCGCUGGAGGUGAUCUUGUGUUUAGCCAGUUCUGAGCAGCAGCAGGAGAAUGGUUUGCCAUCCCUUGCCGAACUUUUCGCCAACGGCCGGGUCAACCUGUGCGGCUUGGGACAGCCGUUUUUGACUCGAGUUCCAGUUUGCCCACCCUUGACCCGUCCCCAGUAUGAGGAAGCUGCUUCUCACUGGCCCGUCUCCUUCCACGAGAACAAACGCGUCAGCCAGGCGCUUAGCGGGAGCCUCUUCACGUCCUUAGAGAAGUCUGCCAUGCAGAAACACAUGGAGUUGGCCAUCCAGGCAGCAAAACGGGGAGCGAGGCAGGGCAUGAGACCUGUGGGUGCUGUGGUGGUUGACCCAGCCACCGGGAACGUUCUGGCGGUCGGCCAUGACUGCCGAGAUGGGCUAAACCCAUUGCUCCACGCUGCCAUGGUGUGCAUUGACCUGGUGGCCCACAGCCAGGGAGGUGGGGCAUACCUUUAUAAUAACUACCCUGCUUGCACUUUUCUUAAGCCGGACAGCACAGUGGACCAUUCCUCUUCUUUUGGUGAUGGGUUGCCGUACAUCUGCACUGGCUAUGAUAUGUACUUAACACGGGAGCCGUGCCUCUUGUGCGCCAUGGCGUUGGUGCACUCGCGAAUUGAGCGGGUAUUCUACGGGGUGCCGACCCCGCAUGGAGCGCUGGGGACCAGCUACCACAUCCACAGCCGUCAAGAACUUAAUCAUCGCUUCGAGGUGUUCCGCGGUAUCCUAGAGGACCAGUGUCACAGCUUGGCACAGAUGUCGGUUCUUAAAGAAUCUGAACGAGACAGUGUUUGAGGAAGAGAGAGAUGGCUUUAUUUUUGUGUUUCCUUUUUUUCAUUUGUUUUUAAAAUGAA